AUUAUAAUUGUAAUAUUAUAAAGUACUUUUGUACCGUUGUGCAUUUUAGGAACUUAAAGUUUAAUAUUUAUUAGAAUUGUUUCACUUGUAUCUAUAGUAACCAUAAUUUUAUUUAAAGAUCAAACUAAGUUCCUUCUUUGAUAAAUUUAAAAUAUGUUUGCUUUUACAAUCAUUUAUAUUACUAAGUGGUGCUAACGUGUAAAGUAAACAAUAUUUUUAUUUGGGAAUCAAGAAAUAGAUUUUGUUGAGCUUCUGUAUAAUAUGGAUUUAACAUUAAAUGUGUUUACAUUGAAUUGUUGGGGUAUUCCAGUGGUUUCAAAAAAUCGUAAAGAAAGAAUAGAAGCUAUUGCAAUAUAUUUGUCACAAGCUCCUCACAAUAUUGUCUGUCUUCAGGAAGUUUGGAGUGAGAAGGACUAUUUGUAUUUAAAAGAGCAACUACAAACCAAUCUCCCAUUCUCUCACUAUUUUUACAGUGGAGUUCUUGGUUCCGGUCUGUGUGUGUUUUCAAAAUGGCUGAUUCAGGAUGUAUUCUUCCACCAAUGGCCACUCAAUGGUUACAUACACAAGAUACAUCAUGGAGACUGGUUCGGAGGCAAGGGUCUUGGCCUUUGUAGGAUCAAAUGCGACGAUAGACUGAUCAAUGUUUAUUGUACUCAUCUACACGCAGAGUACAAUGUAGAUGACAUAUAUUUAGCACACAGAGUGUUGCAAGCAUAUUCUACUGCAGAGUUUGUCAACCUGACGACUCCACCAGCAGAUGUCUCCAUAUUAGCUGGGGAUCUUAAUACUGCUCCUGGAGAUAUAUCAUUUAGAUUAAUAUCGCAACUACCCUCAUUAGCAGAUCCGAGUAUAUUAAGCCGAUGCAAUAACGAAGCUAUUAAAGCCGCGGGAACAAGCGAUAAUAUUAACAACAGUUAUUCUGAUCCUAAACUAGUCAAAACAUGUCCAGAAGGGAAGAGAAUAGAUCACAUACUAUUCAAUGUUCAUCCAUCAUUAGAGGCCGAUGUCGUGAACUUCGGGAAUCCUUUAGAAGACAGGGUGCCUGGAAAAGCGUUUUCCUACUCGGACCACAAUGCCGUCAGCUUAGAGCUUAAGAUUAAACAGUGUGAAAAAUUGAAACAGAGACAGCAAAGCGCUGAAGAACGCUUCCAAGGCACGAUCGAUGAUGCAAUCAAAAUUUGCAAGGAAGCGACCGUAACUAUAACGAAAACAAAAAGACUGUUCUUAACGACUGGUGGUUUAAUAUUUGUCUUCCUGUUAGGUUCCGUUGGUUUUUGGCCGAAUAACAUUAUAGCUGAUGUAUUGAAAAUUAUAAUGACCGGUAUAUGCCUGUAUUAUAUAACAAUGGGUACUUUGUGGAAUAAAAUAGAGAUGAACAGUCUCAAGGCGGGUUUGUCUGCAAUGGAAAAUUUUAAAAGAAGCAGAAGUGAAAUGAAAUUUUUCGAUUAGGUAACAUUGACUUAGAUUAUAUAUUGUAACAAGUUGUCCUGUAUACCUUUAAUGAUGUACUUAUCAGUAUUUUUAUACGUAUCUUAUCAAGUAUCAAUCAAUUUAAACUAUAUACUUUAUGAAAAGCAUAUCCAUGUUUACUUAGAAUAAGUAAUAAAAAUGCAUUGUUUUUAUAUUAAUUGUAAUAAAUGGUGAGUUCCCAACGGGUCACACUGUGACUUGUUAGGAUUUUUUUCCCAUCGAGUCAGACUGUCAUGUCCCUUGGGUGUGAGUGUGUGAUCCAAAAAAAAAUUGCAACAAGUAAUAGGUGUGUGUACGGGAAGCUAUGGAUGGUGAUACGCUCGACCGUAACACUAGAAAGUUCUUCCUCUGAGCGGGUGACCGUGCUCAGGGACCGAGGUCCGAACAUUUAUUUCGAUUUUCGGAUGGACACUUGCCAAUA